GAGAGCUUCUGCUGUGCUGAGCGUGCCGGCGUGGCGAGGCCGCUUUGGUGUCGGAGUUGUUUUGUUUUAGUGUCGCAGUUGUUUUGUUUUGGUGUCGCAGUUGUUUUGGUGUCGGAGUUGAGGCGUUAAAGCGACAGAAACGUCGAGAAACCACCCCCCCCCCACCCGCCUGCAGCAGAAGUGCCAGCGUGAGGGCACAGGACGGAGGUGCUGGAGCGAGGCGUGCAACGAGGGGCAUGGCCCUGCAGCAGCUGCCUGGCGAGCGCUGGGCGCCCGUGGUGAGCAUGCUGCUGAAGGGGGGCUGCUGUCCCCGCUGCGUGCUGCGCCUCUGCAGGGUGGCCGCUCCCGCCGUCUACCAGCAACCCGAGAUGGAGCUGCUGAGGCAGCUGGAGAAGCUAACGUCCAGCACGGCAUUAGAAGGGAGCCCACACGAGACCUCGGAUGGUGGCGAUGUGGACGAGCGGCCAAGGAAAAAAAUGAAAACUGACAACCUGCUGCAAAUGGGCAUGGAGCCCGACGAUGUGCAGUGCCCUUUGGAGAGUGAGGAGCGGAGAGAAAGGAAUGGCUCAGCCGAGUCUGAGAAGCAGGAGGCGGCAGAUGUGAACAGAGCUGCGACCAAAGUGCCCGUUUGCUCUGUGUGCCUGGGGGUCAUGCAGCGCUUGUGCGAGGAUCCCUUCAUUGAAGAGAUGUGCAACAAGGUGAGAGACUCUGACUACCAAUUCAGCAGCAUGCUGGUGUCCGCCUCCUUCCCACCGCAGCUCGCCGUGCGGGAGCAUGCUGCCUGGCUGGCUAUAAAGGAAAACGAAAGCGCGCGCGGGGCCUGCUCGGAACGCGGUGAUGGUAGCGGCGGCGGCGGCACGGGGGUGCUGCUCAAGGAGGCGUACAAGUGGGUCGUGUACCCGGCGCUAGCUAAGCGCUUCAGGGUGCCCGUCGAGGGCAAGAGUCCUUUUGAAGUGAGCUUAAAUCUGACGCACAAGGAAACCGACAGCGAAUGCCGAUUUUUGGCAUCUGCUUGUCCAGACUGUUUCAAACCAUCCAAAAACAAACAAUCUCUGUUCUCUAGAGCAGCUGUUUCAAAGGCGUUGGAAAAAAUCCCCGACAACCAGUUCAGAAGGAACUUUCCAUGGCCUCUUCCGCCGCCAAGCCGCACGUGCUUGUGCAGCGACAUUGCGUGCACUCACGGGCCCGUCUUUGUCGCAGGACGUUACAACAAGUACUCGCGCACGCUGCCGCAGACGCCGUGGGUGAUCGACGGCGAGCGGAAAAUGGAGUCGUCCGUUGAGGAGCUCAUCGCAAACAUCCUGGUCCUCGCGUUUCACGCGAGCGGUUUCAACUUUUCCUCGUCUGGAAGAGAGGAUGUGGAUGUGCGGACCCUUGGAAAAGGCCGGCCCUUCGCAGUGGAGCUGAUAAACCCACGCAGAGCCGCUCUCUCCCAGUCCCAGCUUAGGCAGCUGCAGAAAGAGAUCAAUUCGUCGGACAAAAUAGCAGUGCGGGACCUGCAGAUUGUCAGUCGGGAAGCGAUGGCCCACAUGAAGGAGGGCGAGGAAGAGAAGACCAAGUCGUACAGCGCACUCGUGUGGAGCGAGAAGGCCUUGGUCCCUGGCGACCUGGACUUCCUGCGGGACAUUAAGGAUUUGCGCUUGGAGCAGACGACGCCCCUGCGAGUCCUGCACCGGCGCCCUCUGGCCAUGCGGCCGCGACUCAUCCACACGAUGCGCGCCGAGCUGUGCAACGCGCACCACUUCCGCCUCGACCUGCGCACGCAGGCUGGGACAUACAUCAAGGAGUUUGUGCACGGCGACUUUGGGCGCACCGUGCCCAACCUGGGCUCGCUGCUCGGCACGCAGACCGACAUCCUGGAGCUCGACGUGGAGUCGGUGGACGUGGCCUGGCCGCCCCCGCUGGAUGACGAGGACAGUCCGGAGCAAGCGGAGGGGGUGUAGGGGGCGCGGGGGGUUCUGGGCGUGAGGCUGCUGCUGCUGCCCGCCUGCCCCGCCCGCCUGCCCGCCCGCCCGCCUGCCUGCAACAUCAACCCCAACGUCUCUUGUGAAACUUGACCUUUUCGGUCGACUUGAAUUAGCGUUUCCUUCCUGUUUAAAAUCUCGUUCAAUAUUUAUUGCUACGAUUUGCUAAACACGUUGUGAGGUGGAGCAGGAUCGGCGUGUGUUUGGUUUUUUGUAUCACUUAUUUCUACGAGCGAAACGGCGAACAGAAUACACGGCGAUUUACGAUUUGCCUUGUGUGUUUUUGAGUUAUGUAAAUGACGAUGUUAAUCAGGAAAGGGCAAGUGGAACAUUUGAAUGAAAACAAAUCCGAUACGAGUUCGUUGACUCGUGCCAAACACGGUGUAGACCUGGCACGAGUCGCCCUCGAUGACACAAUCGCAAACGUCAACAAUGAAACUGCGCCUGCACACUUCAAAGCGCUUCAUUUGCGCCCGAGCCUCGCGGACGUAAAUACUUCGUGGGGGAAUUCCCCGCCGCGCUGGAGCAAGUCCGCCCAGGCAGCCGCGGGCCCGGCCCACGCGGUGGCCUGCUGUGACGUCGGUCGGUGGUGGGGGAAAUACGACGAAACCGCGCCUCAUUAUUCACGGUGGCGUCCCACCACUCCUCCCACGUCGCGCUUGACACCUGCCGCCGACCGGGGCUGCUGGGUGGGCUCGGCAUGUCCGCUGCGUGUGGGUGGACGUCUUGAGCCUUGGGACUGCGUACUCACGACUCGGGUUUUUUUUUCCUUUCUGACCAAAGCCUCGUUCAAUGCAAUUUGGACAAAAAAAAAAAACCGACACCCGUGUUGCUCUCCAUCGCCCGAGAAGCGCAGCGUCCCAACUGCACAAUCACGUUGGCAUCUUAUCGGGGCUCUUGGCACCUCUUUUGAGAUGGCUCUGUUUGUUCACGACGAAUUAAACGGAGGGCUCUCUCGCGACGCGUCGCAUCUUCUAAGCCACGCGUCGCAAAGCCACCGGCUGCCAUCUGCCAAGCGUUUCCAUUGUCACUGAAACGCUUGCGGCAAAUGAUUGUCGGGACGACUUGAUUGGCAUAAUUGCAUGCAGGUAGUCGGAGAAUGGUUUUCAUGGACGGCGAUACACUUCUGUGAAGUGCCGGUCACGUGUCGGGUUGAGGCGUUGCGUCGCGGAGUGAGAUGAGGUCACUUUCACCAGCCCACGCAGAACCGGUUUUGUGCAGCGUUUAUCAGACAGCGAGAGCUGCCUGGCGCCCGUAAAGCCAGAGGCAACAUCGCUGCGCAGGUGCUCAUUAGAUACAUUUAUAGCCACAUGCCUCUUAAGUGCGGAUAUUAGAACAUUUAAGUUGCACUGGCUCAAAAAAAACUACAUUGUCAGCGUGUAAACUUAAAGUCCAAAACAGUUGUGUUAAAGAGUAUACAAUAAUAAUGGCAGGGGUAAAUGUUUUCCUGUUGUAGAUAACAUCUCAAGAUGGGCUGAUGAAAAUAACCUGCGAUCUCGAGAAAUGUUUUCACGAGUUGCAAGGCUCGCGCCUGUGCUACUGAAAGCUUCACAACACGGGUUCAUAGUUGGAGCCUUAAGUCUUGACGCGUGGAGGAAUGGCAUGCCCGUGGUGAAGCUGACAAGCUACAGGUGAUACAAAUCAUUUAUAUGGGAGCCUAUUACCUGCAAGUGGUGAUGAAGUCAGCUUGCGAAUUCAAAUUCAAGCGCAUGAGUGAAGGGCAAGGUCGGAACUGGAGUUGGCGACACGAGGUCCGUGUGACGAUGUUAGGGAAAGAAGAGCAAAGCGUCGCAUCGAUUUGAAGGGGCAAUAAUCCUGCAUUGAUGUCUCGUCAACGGUGAAUACUUUAACGCGCCUGUGUUGGCCAUGUACCAAAAUGUAAACUAUGCCUUGUGAGUACUGUAUUGCAACCCGUGAUUUAAUAAAACACAUUUAGUUAAAUAAUGCGCAUUAGCUGUCAUUG